AUGCACCGUCAGUCUAUUGCGCGGCUGGCUCGCCAGUCCGGGGCGUUCCCGCUGGCGGAAUUGCCCCCUCCAUACCUUGCGCCCUCGCUCCAUUUCCCCCUGAAUCGGCUAUCUGUCCAGAGCUCGAACUUUUCGUCCACCGCAGCGACCACAAAGAAUUACACCAAGGACCGUGAUCUGAACAAGUCUCGUGGUGUAUCCGCUAUCCACCGUACCGGACCCAGGUUCAGACUUGGAGUGUCGAAAUACCCAUUGCCCACGCCUGUUGCCCCCGAGAAGCUUGAGAAACGCGAUGCGACCCCGAACCAUGGCCUUUGGGGCUUCUUCCCGCCGGACCACACUGCGCUGAGCACACCGAGCUACGACGUUGCUCACGGCCGAUCCUGGUCGAUCCAAGAACUCCGUGAAAAGUCCUGGGAAGACCUCCACAGCCUUUGGUGGAUCUGUCUCAAGGAACGCAAUCGCAUAGCCACAUCCAGCAUGGAACGGAAACGCUUGAAGGCCGGUUACGGAAAAUGGGAGGCCCAGCAACGAGCGGCAGUAAUCCGUGUUACACAGAAGGGAAUCCAGCACGUUCUCAGAGAGAGGUGGUAUGCUUGGGAAGAUGCCCGGAGGCUCUACAAAUCGGGGUACCGACCCCAGGAUGCCAACGAGGAGGUAAUCGACGAGACUGUUGAGGAGAGCCAAGAGGGGCCAGUUGACAGGGCAUGA